AUGAGUCCUGAAUAUGAUAAUGCCUUACUAGGCAUCUUGCAGAAUGAGGGAACGUUGGAGAGGUUUCUAGACGUAAUAUUCGGGUUUCUAAUGCGCAGGACUGACUUUUAUUGCAUUAUAACACCAGAACAGAAGAAAAUAGGUUUUCCACCCGGUAGGUGUAUUGAAAUGGUUCUUCAGGCUUAUGAAAAAUACAAAACAAUAUUUGAGAAUUAUCAGCAUCACCAUGAAGCACAAAAAUUAGUCGAUAAACCCAAAAAAUCCCAAAAAGAAGUUGCUAAAAAAGAAUUAACACAAGCCGAUUCUGUUGUUGUACCACCUUCAGAUGACAAUAAAACUGAAAGUUCAACAAAAGUUCCGAUCUCAUCACCAGAAACUGUAGACGAAGAUGAUGGACCGGAAGUAUACAUGGCAGACGCAGAUCGCUAUAAUGGUGCUGUAAGAGGUAAUUAUAUAUGGAGUCAAACUGUCAAAGAUAUCGAUAUUAAAAUCAAAAUACCAGACAAUGUUGCGAAUGCUCGUGACGUAUCCGUGAAUAUUGAACGCAAACGUAUUCGUAUUAUCUUUCGACAGAAUGGAGACGAGACUGUUUAUUUUGAUCGGGAUUUGUAUUGGGAUAUCCAUAAGGAUGAUGCUAUAUGGACCUUUGAUGCAAAGGAAAAUCAAAUCCACUUAUGUCUGGACAAAGUUCAAGAUCGUUGGUGGGUAGCGGCGUUUGAUGGUGAAGACAAAAUAAACCCUCGGAAAAUUGACUGCCGUCGGCCUAUCCAUGAAUUAGAACCCGAAGCCCAAGCUAGAAUACAACAACUAAUGUAUGAUGAACAUCGUAAACGUCAGGGAUUGCCUACCAGUGAACAGGAAAAAAUACAAAACGUGCUGGCGAAGGCUUGGGACAAGGAAGGUUCACCUUUUCGUGGAACGCAGUACGAUCCAACAAAAAUAAAACUACAGGGGCCUGGCCUUCAUAGUGAAACAUGA